AUGCUCAUCGCGCCAAUUGUCAUAACCCUACACACCGAAUGUCAUUCGAUGUAUAAGGGGCGUCAAGUCCUAGUGGGCGAGUGUUUACCUGCCUCGUGUGAUGUCACCGCCGUGGAACGAUUCGCAUCGCAGGCUGAGUCGGCAGCGGCAGCUCGAGCAGCCGCUGCCGGACUCGCUGCCUCCCUGCACACAGUCAGCGUGCGUCCUGUACCUGGCGAUUACAAUCUAUAUGCUGAUCGAAAAUUCCACAUAAUCGGGUCAGUGGUCUUGGCGGUGAUCAUCCUAAUGAUAGCAGCGUCAUUAUACGAAGGAUAUUUGGAGCGGAGGUUUCGGAUAGAGAACGGGGCCGCGGACCUGGAGGUGGCUCACGAUGACAACCAUAAAAAUGAUAGGCACUUCAACAAGCUUGCCGUUGAAGUACCUAUGCUCUUAAAAAGUUUCAAAUGCUCUGCCACUCGUACCGACUUCCGUCCACUCGAAAAAGGUCCUUUAAGAUCUAAAACGCCUGCUAAUGUGCACGUCGAUGGGAAAUUUAAUGAGGACAAAGACAAAGAACUUCGCAGAGAGCCUUGCGGUAUGUGGGCAGAGUUACUACUAGCAUUUUCGAUUCUAACCAACGGCCGGACAAUUCUCAGCACUCAGAAGCCUAGCGACGGUGCCUUGACCUGUUUACACGGAAUAAGGGGAUUACUCGUCACUGUGCUAUUUCUCCGAUCCGAAGACCGUAAGACCAAAAAAAUUGAACAACCAGAUAAACCAGACAUAAACAAGAACGUAAACGGCUACACAAACUCUGCUCUCUCAAUAUCUGUGAUCAGCCAGCAAUCCUUCAAGGAAGAUUUAUUGGACAAACCUAAGUCUACAAUGUACUCAAAGAUGGAGCUAUUCAGAAUGAUCAAGUCGUUCUUCGUUCUGUUUUUCUAUCGCGUUAUUAGACUGACUCCAGCUUACGCCUUCGUCAUUGGUAUCACUGAGGUAUCCUUCAGAUAUAUCUACAACCAGGCUGUAUUUGAUCCCGCCGUUCCUGAUCACAUCAUCUGCGAUCUAUUUUGGUGGAGAAAUCUCUUAUAUAUCAACAACCUGUACACCCAGAGGGAGAUGUGCAUGGUAUGGUCUUGGUAUAUGGCCAACGACACGCAAUUUUAUGUCGUCGGCAUUAUACUUUUAUUGAUUUCUGUGAAGAACUUUAAGCUGGCAACUGUAUCAUUAUUCGUGAUAAUGGUGAGCUCUUGGGGGACAACGAUAUAUAUAUCCGUGUGGCAUCAAUAUAAAGCAAAAAUACAAGAACCUUUCGAAAUGUUUGAUCCAUUGUAUGACAAGCCCUGGUCGAGAAUUGGACCUUAUUUGAUUGGUCAGCGUUAUAAAGGCAGUCCACAAAAACUGAACCGGCAGCCGAAUUAUUCGAUAACUCAACUGUCGUCGUUCAGCUUGAAUAUAUUUUUAGAUUUAGAAGCUUUAUCUGUGACCUCGAUUAAUUUCAGGAUAUUUUGCGUUGCCGACAUGGCUGUCAAUCUUCACGAUUGA